AUUUAACUAAUAUUAUGUAAAAAAGCAAUCUAAAUAAGAAUUAAGGUUGUUUAUGUUUUGGGAAGAAACAAAAAGGAGAAUUUCCAAAAACGUUUAAGAAAUCUGGCAAAAUUCUUAAAAAAUAUAAAGAUAAUAAUUUAGAUGUAAUAAUUUUAGAUUUCUUUAGAUUUAAGAUGAAGCUAUCUUAGAAGUGAUGAUUAGAUUAUAUAUUUCUGAGAACAAAGGAAAAGCUAUUGAAAUGCUUUAAAGAUGCCGUAUAAAUCCAAAUUUUGAAGCAAAUCUAAUUAGAAACGAUUUAGAAUAUUUUAUUCCUUAACUAAUAAAUUAUUUAGUGUUUCACUAGCAACUUUCAGAUGAAAAAUUAAUCUCUUUCAUUAAUUAAGCAUCAAAAAUUGACUUUUUUUUUGCUCAUCUUGUUUACUUCCAAUUAAAAAGUUUAUCUUAGAUUGUUGCUCAUAAUAACAAAGUAGAACUUAAAAUAGUUUAAAAGUUUGUUUAAGAAUUUGAAGAAAAGAUGUCUUAAAAUUAUUUAGGCAAUUUAUUAAUAGCAACAUAAUUUUUAAAGAUUCACCUUGAGGAUUCUUAAUAAAGUUCUUCAUUAAAUAAAUCCAUAUCAUCUUUACCUAGUAAAAAAAUUAAAUAAGAGGUUUAUUAAGGAUCUAUAAGAAUAAAAUCAUUUAAAUAAAUUGAAAUAGUAAAACUUUAUGGAACAAGUGCAUGGGAAAAAUAAAUAUCAGAUAAAAGUCCAUCAUAAUAUUUACUUAGAAAUUAUGAAGAUAUUGUAUUAGAUGAUUAUAACUCUAUUUUUAAUAAAGAUGAAGAUUUUAAACCUAUAGAUACUGCAUUUCUAUCUAAUAUAGCUUUCUGGAAUGAUAUUACUAAUAUUUGUGAGGAAUUGUCCAAAUCAAAUACUAAAACAUUAUAUUUACAAAGUUUAUUAAAUAAAAUGAAUGCUAAUUUACCAGCUGCAGUUUAUGUACCUUUUGUUAAGAAUUCAAUUAGAAGUUAUGCUGUUUUAAAUAUAGUUUCUAAAGAAAGUAGAGUAUUUUCGACAAAAAUGAGAAGUCCUUAUAGUUUAACACUUGAAAUCUAUAGACCUGAAAUAGAAGGAAAUUAUAAUGAAUAAUAAAUUCUAGAUAAAUAAAUGUCCUUAGCUAUUAAAGCUAAUGUAAAUUAUAAAAUCAUAUUUAUAGAUGAUAAAAACUGAUAAUAAUAACAACUAUUAAAGUUAAUCUAUAAUUUAAGAAGAAUAAAUUUCUUAGCUCAAUAGAACAUUUUCUCUUGCAGAAGCUCAAACUACAUUUAAUAAUGAAUUUUAAAAUAUUAAAUUCUACUAAUUUAAUUAUUUUAAUAAUGAGUAAGAGUCUGAUGGAAUUGGAUUAUUUUAUAAUAAUCGAGAGAUUAAUAACACUAAUUAAGAUCAAGAAUAAAGUGAUUAAGCGAUAGAUUAAUAGCUAAUAAUAUAAUAGCCAUCAAUUUUAAAUUAAACUGAUUAUUUAUUAAGUGAUAAUAGAAGUUAAUAAAAUAACAAUGAACGAAUGUCUUAAUAAUUAAAUUAAAGCAAACUAGAAACGAGUUCAUUUAAUAGUAAUGUAAGUUAUUUAUAGGAUGGAAAAGGAUUAAUAUUAUCUUAAGAAGAAUAUUUAGAAAUUAAAUAAACUAUUUUUGGUGAAAAUUCUUUAGCUUAACAAGAAAGAAUUAAAAAAUAAAGUCCAUUUUAAACUUUAAAAUCUUGGAAAUUAGUUCAUUUGAUAAUAAAAACAGGAGAUAAUUUAAAGUAAGAAUAAUUUGCUUUAUAAUUAAUUUGUUAAUUUGAUUAAAUAUUUAAAAAAGAAGGUUUACCAUUAUAAUUAAGAUAUUAUGAAGUAUUAUCAUUAGGACCUGAUUGUGGAAUGAUUGAAAUGAUUAAAAAUGCAACUACUAUUGAUAGUUUGUAAAAGAAUCUUCAAAAGAAAUUUACUUAAUUUAGUGAUUUCUCUGAUUUUUUUCGUUCUUUUUUUAGAAAUAAUAUUGGAUAAGCAUUAUAAAAUUAUGUUUAAUCACUUGUAGCAUAUUGUUUAGUUUGUUAUUUUUUAUAAGUUAAAGAUAGACAUAAUGGAAAUAUAUUAUUAGAUGAUGAAGGUCAUUUGAUUCAUAUUGAUUUUGGAUUUUUUUUAUCAAUAGCACCUGGUAAAGGAAUGGAAUUUGAAGGAAAAGUGCCUUUUAAAUUAUUAUCAGAUUAUAUAAAAGUAUUAGGAGGUGUUAAAGGAAAAUUGUUUUAAGAUCAUUUUAGAAAGUUAUUUUACAAGUUUAUUAUGUUUUAAUUAUUAGAGGAUUUAAAGCAUGUUAAAAACAUUAAAAUGAAAUAUUGUUAUUAGUAGAAAUGAUGUUUACUGGCCAUGGUACAACAUUACCUUGUUUUUAAAAAGGUGAGAUUGCUUUAAAAGAGUUGGAAAAUAGAUUCAACCCAAAAGUAGCGUCUGAUGCUGAAUUAUUUGUUUAUGUUUAAGAAUUAAUUAAUAAAUCAUUAGAUAAUUGGAGAGCUAGAUGGUAUUAAUCAAUAUAAAUUUUAGGUAUGAUAAAUUUUAAUAUUUCGCAUAAGGAAUAUUUUAUUGA